AGACGGCAUUGCUAAGCGCCGGAAGUGGUCGUGCAUAGGAGGGGUAGGAGAGAGGCUAGCCAAGCAGUUCAUUCGGCUGUUGCUGGUCGCCUCGGUAAGGCGUGUUUCCACCCCUCUCCGAGCGUCUGGCCCAGUUCUCCGCCUCGGCCAGAAUGGACUUCAGGGAGAUUCUCCUGAUAGCUUCCAAAGGACAAGGUGUCAAUAAUGUGCCAAAACGAUACAGUUUGGCAGUGGGGCCUCCCAAAAAAGACCCAAAAGUUAAGGGUGUCCAGUCGGCAGCUGUCCAAGCUUUUCUCAGAAGAAAAGAAGAGGAACUUAGACAAAAAGCCUUAGAAGAGAAAAGAAGAAAAGAAGAACUGGUAAAAAAGCGAAUUGAGCUAAAACAUGACAAAAAAGCAAGAGCUAUGGCCAAGAGGACAAAGGAUAAUUUCCAUGGCUACAAUGGGAUUCCUGUUGAGGAAAAGUCAAAGAAGAAGCAGGCAAUGCAAAGCCACACUAGCCAGGGAACAGACCAAGAGUAUGAGAUGGAAGAAGAGGAUGCAUUCUUUGAAUACAAUCAAGCAGAGUCAGAGCAGGAGUACGAGGAAGAGGAAGAACCUCCCAAAGUUGAAAGCAAACCAAAGGUCCCCCUUAAAAGUGCCCCACCACUUAUGAACUUCACUGAUCUACUCAGGCUGGCUGAAAAAAAGCAGUAUGAACCAGUGGAGAUAAAGGUAGUGAAGAAGACAGAAGAGAGGCCUAUGACUGCAGAAGAACUUAGGGAGCGAGAAUUCCUUGAACGAAAGCGUAGGAAAAAGAAACCUGAAACAGAUGCAAGAUUACCUCCAGUCAAAAAAGUACCCUCUCAGAAAGAAAGAGUAGGCCCAAAACCUGGCAAAGGUUCUGAAGACAAGCAUCCUUCUUCCAAGGGUACUCCCUUUCUUCAUCCUGAGAAGAAAGCUAGACUCAGCACAGCUAAUGAGAAACACUUGCAUCUGUCUUCAUCCAAAUUGAUGCCAGCAGAAAGGACCAAAGUAGCAUCUGGCAAUUGCCCCCAACCCUUGCUUCGUGAGGGCCGUGACAGACCUGUUUUCAAUGGGACUGGAAAGCCCCACUCCAGCACCUAUUCACCCAGUGUCCCAAAGACUUCUGCUAAAGGGACUCAGAACCUAUCUGCUACUGAGCACAAAGCCAAAAAAUCUCCUCCUCAUCCUAGCCAUUCCAGGCCUGGGCCCAUGGUCACCCCACACAAUAAGGCCAAGAGUCCAGGUGCCAGGCAGCCAGGUGGCAGCUCCGGUUUAGCCCCUGGCCGGCCUACCACAGGGCCUGCUCGGCCCAUAGUUAGUUCUGGCUCUGUGCCCAGGCGCCAGAAUGGCAGCUCCAGCUCAGGACCUGAGCGAUCAGUCGGUGGGAUCAGGAAGCCAGCCAGUAACUUAAAUCCUCCAGGACGGACAGUCAGUGGUACAGGUGGCCUUGGACGACCUGCAAGCAGCUCCAGUGGCCCCGGAAGACCCAUCGGUGUCUCCAGUGGUUCUGGGAGAUCUGUGGGCAGUGCUGGUGGCCCUGGGAGGCCUGCAAGCGGUCCACAUGACCUUCGACGACCAGUGAGUGGCUCAGUCCCCCCUGGGCGGUCAAUCAAUGGCCCUGGGCGAUCAGUAAGUGGCCCGGUCCCAGCAGGACGCACUGUCAGCAGUUCAGGUCCUGGAAGACCAGUGAGCAGCUUGGGACCUGGGCGAACAGUUAGUACCUCAGGUCCCCCUCUAAGGCCUAAAUGCACUGUUGUCUCAGAAACAAUUUCUUCCAAGAAUAUAAUCAGCCGGUCCAGCAACGGACAGAUGAAUGGAAUGAGGCCUUCCUUAUCUGGCUACAGACCUGCCCAAGGUCCCCAAAGGCUUCCUUUCCCUAGUGGUUACAAAAGGCAGCGAGAAUUUGAAGAGGAGGAAGAUGAUGAUGAAUAUGACUCUGAAAUGGAAGACUUUAUUGAAGAUGAAGGAGAACCUCAGGAAGAAAUAUCCAGGCACAUUCGAGAAAUCUUUGGCUAUGACCGAAAAAAAUACAAAGAUGAAAGUGAUUAUGCCUUACGUUACAUGGAGAGUAGUUGGAAAGAGCAGCAGAAAGAAGAAGCAAAGAGUUUAAGACUAGGCAUGCAAGAAGAUUUAGAGGAAAUGAGACGUGAAGAAGAAGAAAUGAGACGUCGAAAGGCCAAGAAGCUGAAGAAGCGUUAGCUGUGGCUUUUAUUUAUGUUUGUGAAUUCUAGAGACAGUCUGCCACAAGGAAGUCCUGCUUUCAGACUGAAGAAGCCCCUUAUCAUUUUAAAUACUCAAGGAAAAGGAAUGCAUACUGUCAUCUAUCUGCAGGCUGUCGUUUGAGUGAAAGUAUUUUCAUAUACUUUCCAGGGUGCAAUCUGUAAUGCAGAUGAUAUAACGCCCAGUGAGUGCUCUUACGAAGCUCACUGUUCACAGGUGCCAGCCCUGAUCCUGCUGAGCUAUGCACUCUAAUGUGGGGCCGCUCACAAGUCAGCCAAUCUCAUAUUAUUCCUUUGCUACUCUAAAAAGGAAGAAAAGGAUUGCCUGUUUACUUCCAUAAUUCUGCUGAUGUGUGAGUACGGCACUGCCUGGCUCCCAAUCAAAUUUACUUUUUUGUUUUGUGAGGAACCUGGUCCUUCCAUGAAUGCUGCCAGCAAUAAAGUGACCUGUCCUAAUCUGUAUGUUUGGAUUGAGAACUUACAAAUGUAGAGUAGGUGUUAUAUGGAUGUCAUUUCUGUGACUUUGAGGUAAAAAAGUAGAAUAAAUUGUAUUCUGCAUUUAUUCAUGGAUUGGAUGCUGAGCAUUCUUAUUCACUAAUUUAGGUAAUUAGGCAAUUAAAAAAAAACGUUUCCAGGUUAAAGUACAAUUACGCGAUUUUGUGUAAGAACAUUCUUUUCCAAGAUACACUUUCAGAUUUACUGUUACGUUGGCUUUAGCAUAAAAUAGACAGGGUCACUGUGCUGAUUGAUUUUUAUCUAAAAGAUUCAUUUUUAUAUUGAUGAAAAAUACUUAUUUUAUUCAAACAGAUUUAGAAGAGUAAUAGUUUAAAGAAGGAAGUGACAUGUGAGGCUCCCCUCCUCCCCAUUUGCCUCUCCUAUUAUAUAUUUUGGAAUCCAAGGUGCCCCAUACCUUUUGGUAUUAAUGACUUUGCAUUUUUAUCUUAAAUUCCUUAACAAUUAAUGGCAAAAACCAAAAACUAAAUUCACGUGUAUCAGGACCACCACCUUCUCUCCUUGCCCAUAUUGCACUUUUAUUUCAAACUAUGCACUGUGAAGAGAUUUUAUUCCCAGGUAGAAAAGGAUGUUCCCUGUUUCUGGUAUUUUACUAGGCUGUGGAACUUCUUCAUUCUCACCCUUCUUCAAGUCAUAAUAGACUUGUAUCUCUUAAGCCUCAAGUCCAGGCAAUUCCAAUCAGGCUGACCUAGUAUCUGGCUGGAGAGAAGCCAAGUCAGCAACAGAAAAUGAGAUAUGAUGCUAGAGAAUAUCUGUCCUUGACUCUGAGUGGAGGGUUGGGGACAGUGAGACAUAAGCUUGUAGAACAGUUCUACAAUGAACAUUGUGGCCAUCUUAAGCCAUUGGUCAGUGGGGAUUAGGAAGUAGGAGAGGUUAUCCUACAAGAAUCCUUACUCUUCAACAGGUCUAGAAGCUGUUUUUUGUAUAUUCCUCUUUAUCCAUAAAACCUUCUUUUAUCCUCGAGUUUGGAUGUUAUGGAUUACCACCAUUAGCCUUCCUUACUGGGAUGACCAAGUGACUCAGUCCUUCUAAGACUGACGCAUUUUGAAUUGAGUUUCAAACUUUAAAAAUGCGAGGAUUUAAUUUUGAAGUUGAAUCCUAAGAAAGGUAUCUCCAUCACUAGGAAUAACACCCUUCUAAUGAUCACAUAGCACUGUUAAACACUGGUGGCAGAAAAUCCUAUUGACUGCCUCUCACCUAUUUCAGAUACUUUCAGUGAAAUCCAUUCAAGAGUAGCGUGAUAUUCCAGGUAAUAAAACAGGUUUGGAACUUUUAUUUCUUUGGCUGUCACUUAACGUGCUUUUUUUCUCCCCCUUCAAAUAUUUGCUUGAAUAUAUUUCUUUCAAUAUUCAGACUCUGUGAAAUCUGUAAUUACAAUCAAGUGCUUGUCACAGCUGAAAGAUUUCUGGUGGCUUAAAGCUCACUAGCACUUUACUCAAUGAUUUUGUGCAGUUAUUUGUACAGAAGGUACCGUUGUGCUAGCUAAAAGUUCCAGAACUUGGUAGAAAGAGUCAUGUUGUGUCCUUGUGUGUCAUCACUUCUAGGUGCAUUUCCUCUAUAAUACAGAUGUUGAUUUCAGUUUUCUUCAGCGUCAGCAUUAUAAAAGGGCACUUCUGUUGCUCAUUAGAAAAAAAAAAAUGUUCCGAAUCUGUCAGUCUUGGCCUUGUUUCCAAAUCCUGUCUUCCAUUUUAUUCUGCAAUUCCCGACCCCUCUUAUAAAAAGCUCACCAACUUUUGAAGAAACUGGAAUAGGCUGUUAUUUCAUCAAGGUUUACACAUGAAGUGCUUGGUUUUUAAUGUAUCCUCUACUGUUUUGAUUUUCAGAAUUUAUUAAUAUUUGAAGAUGUGCCUUUUAUUGGGUAAUGUUAAGUCACGAAUGUAGUAAUGUUAUUUCGCUCUUGUAAUAAUGUUACGUGAUCAUGGAUGCAGCAUUCUCUAACAUGAUGUGAAGGGAAAAGUAGUUUUCUUAAAACUCAUGUGGCUCUGAUUGCACAGUCCCACUUGCUGUAGACACUGCUACAUCAAAGCAGGGGGCACUUUCUUUAAAGGCUACUUUCAGAACUUGUCUUUGUAUUUUCUCUAAACUAUAAAUGCAGUUAUGUCCAUUUGGGGGCCAGGGUACCACGUGUCACAGGCAGCCUUACAUGUGUGUCGUGGGAAGGUUCAAAGACUGUUAAGAAAGAAGAAAGUCUAUGGGAACUCAAAAUUUCAUUUUUUAAUGUAAUCCCCAGAUCUUCUCCAAGAAAUAAAUUACUCUUUUGUAUUUUGUAACUUAAAAGCAGCUAUUAGUACAUUUCUGAGAUAUAGCAGGAGACCAAAACAUGUUUGGAAAGAGAAUAAAUAUAUGAAGAGAGACUGGUUGUUUUAUUUUCAAUGUGCUGAAAUAUAUUAGACUACUAUUUAUUUUGUGAGUGGAUAUGAUGAAGUAAAUAUUCAGGUGUUUAGUGUAUGAUUAAGAGUGAGAUAUAGAUUUCUUUGGAGUUAUUAAAUCCAUCCUGUCUUUUACAAAAUGGACAAAUCAAGUUUAAAGAAACAUUUACAUAGCAUAGCUUGUUUUCUGGUGCUGUUGACCUGCAAGAGAAUCUACUUUUGCAUAUACAGAUAAAAGUUUUGCAAUUUAUGUAUUAAAGAAAUUGUAGGCAUUAAAAAUAUUUUAUUGAUAUUUUCA